AUGACUCACAUCUACGAAAACCCAGAGCCUGACACUGACACUCCAAGCAUCGACACCGAAGAUGAAUAUUUUAAGGAAAUCUUUGAGAAUUUCCAGAAAAACUCUAAGGAAGCAGCAAACUCCAAGGUGAAGGAGAAGCUCGACCAGCUAGAAAAUCUCAUCCUGAAUAUCGCCAUAACAGGCAACACAGGUGCUGGGAAAUCUUCCUACGUCAACGCGAUAAGGGGGGUGCAGGAUGACGAGGAUUCAGCUGCAACUGGGGUGACCGAGACAACCAUGGAGCCCCUUAAGUAUCCUCAUCCUACUAUGCCCAACGUACAGAUCUGGGACCUGCCAGGAAUCGGAAGCCCAAAGUUUAAGGCGAAGCAGUACCUCAAGGAUGUCAAAUUUAAACCGAUCUUAAUCAUCAUCACCUCUGAGCGAUUUAAGGAGAACGACAUCAUGCUGGCCAAAGAGAUCAGGAGCAAGAAAAGACGGUUCUGUUUUGUGCGCUCAAAGAUCGACAACGACAUCCGCUCAGAGAUGAAGAAAAAGAACUUCAACAAAGAGGAGGUUCUCAACAAAAUCAGAGAAGACUGCACAAAGAAUCUGAAAAAAGUAGGGUCCCCUAAAGUGUUCCUGGUGUCUUCCAAUGACCUUGGCAAUUAUGAUUUCCAACUACUGAUCGACACCCUGGAGAAGGAGCUUCCAAAUCACAAGAGGCUGGCACUGAUCCAGUCCCUUCCUGUUUGCUCAAUGGCUAUGGUUGAUAAAAAGGUGAAGGUCCUGCAGAGACUCAUCUGGCUUACAGCAUUUGGCUCCAGCGUCAUUGCCAUGGCUCCAAUACCGGGCCUGUCAUUCGCAUGUGACCUUGGCAUAAUGAUAUCCUUCUUCCAAAGGUGCUUCGAAGCUUUGGGCUUGGAUGACCGGUCACUCAGAAACCUGGGGGAAAGAGUGAGCAAGUCAGUCAAAGAGCUCAAGAUGCCCAUGAAGUCACGCUUCACAGGAGGAGUCAACAGGAAAGUUGUGAUUAAGUUCUUCACCUCGGUCCCUGUGGGCACGGCGAUGACCAUCGAGUACAUCCUUAGCAUGGUACCUGUUGCAGGUGCUCUGGUUGCAGGAGGAGUUUCCUUUGCCACAGUCUUCCAUUUACUGAACAAGGGCCUUAAGGAAAGGUCAGAAGAUGCCAAAUUAGUGCUGAUGAGUGCAGGUCUCGAAGGAGCAGAGCAAGACAAAGAGGAUAACACUAAUGACAACACCAAGGAGCCAGAGGAGAAAUAA